GCGGGCGAGGCGAAGGCGGGGCGGGGGCUGCAGGAGCGGCGGCGGUAGCAGCAGCAGCAGCAGCAGCAGGAGCAGCGAUGGCGCUCUCCGUGCCGGUCAACGGGCUGAAGGAGAGCGACAAGGAGCCCGUCAUCGAGCUCUUCGUCAAGGCUGGCAGCGAUGGUGAGAGCAUAGGAAACUGCCCCUUUUCCCAGAGGCUGUUCAUGAUCCUGUGGCUGAAGGGAGUGGUGUUCAGUGUCACAACAGUUGACCUGAAGAGAAAACCAGCAGACCUUCAAAAUUUGGCUCCAGGCACUCACCCCCCCUUCAUCACAUACAACGGGGAAGUGAGAACAGAUGUGAACAAGAUUGAAGAGUUCCUGGAAGAUGUUUUGGCUCCACCCAAAUACCUAAAACUUUCACCAAAGCAUCCAGAGUCAAACACUGCUGGGAUGGACAUAUUUGCCAAAUUUUCUGCAUUUAUCAAAAACUCUAGACCAGAAGCUAAUGAAGCCUUAGAACGUGGCCUCUUGAAAACCCUCCAGAAACUGGACGAGUACCUGAACUCACCCCUGCCCGACGAGAUCGACGAGAACAGCAUGGAGGACGUGCCCGUGUCCACGCGCAAGUUCCUGGACGGCAACGAGAUGACCUUGGCAGACUGCAACCUGCUGCCCAAGCUGCACAUCGUCAAGGUGGUGGCCAAAAAAUACCGCAACUUCGAGAUCCCCAAGGAAAUGACAGGGAUCUGGAGAUACCUGACGAAUGCUUACAGCAGGGAUGAGUUCACCAACACCUGUCCUGGAGACAAAGAAAUUGAAAUAGCCUACAGUGAUGUAGCCAAGAGACUCACCAAGUAAUCAGCACUUGCAAAAGGAUGACUUCCUGCAUAUUCCAUAACAAUGCUUCUAACAGACUGCUCCUUCCAGAUAAGAUAUAGCAAUUUUUUUGUUGGUUUGUUGUUUUUUGUUUUGCAUGAACUUGCAGUUAUUCAAAGUUACGGUGGAUAGACCAGGUACAGUAAUUACCUAAAGUUUGCAGAGUUAAUUAUAGGCUUGUUUUUCCUUCCCUCCUUUGAAUAUCAUUCAUGCAGUCGUGUUGCACUGAGGGAACUCUGGAUUCUCCAGUGUCAAAGGAUUGCCUUGCCCCUCUUGCUUUCCUCUGUAAACAUUUGGUCCCUGUCCAUGAGUUGGUUUAGGACACUGUCUCGCUGUAUGGUACAAGGAAUAUUUAUGUAUUUUGGAAUUUAUUGCUUUUCCAGAAGAUCUGUACACAGUUGUCAGUACCUGUGACACGUUGAACUGUACCUGCUUGUCUAUCCUAUUUACAUAGAGAAGGGAACUUAUUAUCCAAAAGAGCCAUUUGCAGAAUAUUUGGCGAUUUUGAUUUUAAUGUAAAAAAAAAAAAUAAUCUCUUGGAUUUGAAGUCACCAUAAUGGUUGGGAAUGGACUCGAUGUGGAGCUUGGAUCUGAAGGACCAUCAGGGAAGUUGGAAUUUAGACUUGAGUGCUGUAGCAGGAAGUUCACAGUUGGUUCUUUUAGUUGUGUCUUCAAGAGCCUGAUGAGACUCAAGCAGCUCCUUCUGUCCUGAAUUGUGAGCUGCAGCAGAAAAACACUUGUCAGGACAGCCCUGGCCACCAGGAAACGGCACAACUGGAACUGCCACCCGCUCACCCGGAAAACUGCAAGUGGUUUCUUUUUGGUAGUUAAGAGCCUUUGUUUUGUAUAGGUCUUUUUGGUGAUAUUUACUUAAAAACCAACCUGUUCUGUCAUAAACCAAGUCCAUGUAAACUGUAGUGUCCUAGUUGUGAAUAGCAGUGCAAUGAUUAGUGAUGUGCAAAAUGCCCCGAGAGCCACGACCUGGGAACCUUUGGGCAACUUUUUUUAUGCUCUUUCUUUCCUCAAGAAAGCUGAAGUGACCUUUGAAAGACAACACUUGCCUUAAAUUUUAGUAUGCAGGCCUGGAUUUUUUUUUUUUUUUUUUUCCUGAAAGGAAAAAUCUGUUGAUGACUUUUGUAAAGAAGUGGUGGGGGGUGGGGUGGGUGGGAUCCAGUCCUUUCCAUGGAAUUCAUCCCAACUGCUGGUGUGUGCACCUGGACUGCAAUUUUUGCAUGAUCAUAAUCAUUGCACUACUAUGCAGAACCUUUUUACAGCAACGCUGAGGGAAUAGCACUACAAUUUUUUUAAAGAGCAAUUUUCAAAUGUUUCUAAACCAGGGAAUAGUUUUCUUGUUUAAAAUUAAUGAUUUUGAUGCAUGAAGUGAACUGCUAGGUUAUUUUUAAAAGACCAUCAUAAACAACUCCAAAGAAUGCUAGACUUAUAUGCCUAUUUUUUUGUAAAGAUACUUUUAUAUUUAACUGAUUUUAGAAGCUGGAAAGUGCUAUUCCUGCUAGGUUGUUCUUGGAAUAUUUAACAUUCUGCAAUAACGUGGAAAAUGCUCACAUAAACACUUUUAUACACUAAUUUUUUUUUGGUAAGCACUGGCUUUCUGAAAAGCAGCCUGACUUUUACAGGCCUCCUGCUUUUUGCUACUUUAUAUACCCGUGGAGUUAGUUUGACAUAGAAGAGGUAGAGAACCAGAUCCAGAUUUGUAUCCAUGGCUUGUGGUGCCUUGUCUUGCCUUCCUAGAGCUACAAUUCCAGUAUAAAGGCAGUUAGUAAAUCCUGUAACUUGUCUUUCAAAGGCAACUGUAUUAGAUACACUUAGACCCUGUUCUGAUUUACUGCAGGGGUGUUCAGGCACAGAAAGGAAAUUCUGCAGAGUGACCUGGUUAGGAAAACCUGAACUGUAGCCUUUUAAUAAUCACUGUAUUCUGAUGUCACGUUCUCCUCCUGAAUAAAGUUGCUCAGCCAUAAUAAUCCUCUGUAGGGGCUCAGUCUUUGCUGCAACGUGACAUCUAGAACAAGGAAUGUCUUUUUUUUUACUUAGACAACAACAUUUUUAGUGACUAGAGAGGGUAAAAAAAAACAAACAAGAACAACAAUCCCCUCCCAGCCCUCACUGGUUUGGUGCUCUUUGCCAUCGUAGCUCACCUUUACAAACUAAACUGUAGGAAGCAACAGUUGGGGGCAUAUCUUAAAAAAAAAUAAUAGAUGAGCUGGCCCUUGGAAUUUGUAGGAAGGGAGGUUGAGGAGGCCUUUCCCAGCAGAUGAGCCGAGCUGUGCCCACCGUGGGGCUCAGGCACCGGGCAGGGCUGGCAGCACCGAACGCUCGGCCGCGGUUUCUGGGGCGCAGCUGCUGCAAACACAACCCCAGCUCCUCAAACACCCCUUGGCCCGUGGGAGAUAAAACAUCCUCUCUGCUUUUUAGGCAAUCUCCAAGCCCUUGUAACUCUAAGGAUUGUGCGUGAGAGCUUGUAAACAAAGGCAGAGCUCUGGCUGGGACUGAUGUGUUUCUUAUCUCCCGACGGGGUUGGGAUGGCUGGUAACUGUCCUGUGUGAAAGCACUCGGGCUGUCCCUCGGGCCUCCUGCUGCGCAGUUUUGUUGUGGCAGGAGCUGCCCAGCCCCUCCUGGCUUCGGGAGUGAGCAGGAAUGUCCUGGAGAGGAGCUGCUCUCUCCUCCCUAGGUGAUCCCUGCAGAGCGCCGGGGAAAGGCUCAGCGUCUGGUGUGGGCAGAGCACUUUCAUCUGGCCCCAAUCACCAGCUCCACAUUAAUUAAAAAAGCCCUUUCAUAACUAUGUAAAUUCUUGACUUCUGUCAACUUGUUUACAAUCUGAUCUUUAAAUGCAUUUUUAAUUUCAUCAAACAGCAAUUAAUCUGCCCCCCUGUUUAAAUUUAAAAUGCUGCUUCAAGCCCCUUGUACAAUUUAAAAACAGCAGUUACCCUUUCAAGUUGGCAUUCCAGUUUGCAAGUUGGUUGCAUGUAUUAGCAUGCUGAAUAACUUACUUUAUUCUCAAGCUGAAAUAUGCUUAAAUUCGCAUUAAAACAGGUGACUUGUGUAUUUCCUGAACACAAAGGGAAAAUCCAUCAUCUGCACCCUGUUUUUGUGUGGGAGAGCAGAUUAUCCUAUAUAUGCAUGAUUAGGGUUAUAUUUUUUUUUUUCCCCUUAACAAAGCUUUCCUUCUCGAAGAGAUCCCUUGUUUGGAAGGGCUGCCUGUGGAACAAGAGGCAUGUGAACUUCAUGGAGCAAUUCCACGCCCUCCAGAGCCUCCCUGUCCACCUCUUCAUGGAUGGACGUCCCACACCGCACGGUCCCUGCCUCGGAGCUUUUUAUUUUCCCAUAAAAUUGCUGGGUUUUUUUUUUUUUUUUUUUUUAUUUCCACAGUGGGCAUGCCUGGACUGCGUGCAGCUCCGUGAUAAGAAGAGAGAUGUAAUCAGAUUUUUAUGCUAAAGUAGCAAAUUAGCAUUUGGUAUCAAAGGAGCACAGACAGGAAUAAAUUGAGGCCGCUCGAGCCAAACCCGCCGAUGCCUAUCUGGGCUCGCAACAAAAACGUGGCAGAGCACAAAGUCAACUUUGCUGGGCUCUUUUGCCACUCACAACUAUCUGAACACAUCCAGGUAAUGUUUGCAGGAGGAGGCUUGACCCCCAGCCAAAAAGAAAUAGCUGAUCUGCCUCAGAAGCUCAGCUCCUCACACUCCGUGCUUCGGGAGGAGGUGGGAGCAGAGCUGGGAUCCCCAGACGGGACAUCGAGGAUUGGAGCGUUGUUUGCAGAAAUACUUGAAGAGUUGAUACAAUUUAUUGUAGUUUUGCUUAAUGUCUUUCACUCUCUGGAACAUCUUUUACGGAUAUACCAGUAUACUGCUGGCAGCUAUUGUUAAAUAAAAUUAUAUUUUCACUACCAA